AAACGAAAGUAUUGUAGUAAACUGACGCUUCCCGCACGCUAGGUGGGUGUGUAAUUAGGUAUUUUACAGACGGGAGUAGAAAAAAAAAUUAAGUGUACAUAAAUUAUCACACCUUUUCAUUUCUUUCGAUAAGAGGUUAAAAAAUCGCACACCACUUACACUUGGGAUUCUAUAAGAACUUUUAUAUUUUGCAUAAAGAACUCUAAAGUCAUCUUAAGAUCUUGUAUUCUCUUUUAUCCAUUAAAUAUGUUGUGUGGUAAACGACAUUUCAACGAGUUCAUUUGACACGAGCGGGGCGAGUGUUUAAUAAACCAGUGAGUCAAAAAGUUUACCGAACGUGUUGCAUACUAUACUUUUUCUACGACCGUUAUUUGUCAAUUUGUCAAUCCUGACAUGACUGUCAGGAUUAACAAACGUAAAAAUUCAAAGCGUGGGAAAUAUCUCCGACAACAUCUGGUCCCAAACCCGUGCGGUAAAAUCCCGGAAAUGUGCGAAGUGGCUCGGAUUCCUGGCAAACGAAAAUGACGUGGUAAAGUGACGCUUCCCACACGCUAGAUCGGUGUGUAAUUAGAUAUUUUACAGGCGGGAGUAGAAAAAAGAUUUUCUUUCUAUUCCUUAAUAGCCUAUUAUGCUCGAUUUUAAACAACCUAUACCUGUCUUGAAAAUUUUCAUAAUUUUCUGUUGUUGAAACAAAUAUUUCAGUUCUUACUUGAGUUUUUUACAUCGUAGCAUUAUUGUUACGCAUAUUAAAUGGUACGUUUGAGAAUAUACAUGUUAGAUUUUGACAAAAACACCGAAUAUUAAUAAACGGACAUCAAAAUUUGUUGUUGGAAUAGUGCAGACAAAAGCAAUUAUUAUCUUUGCCGGCACAUUAUGUAUAUACGGAUAAAUUGACCCAGGCUGCAAACCAUGUCAAACAAAAUACGAUAAAUGUUAUCUGACCGAGUAGUAAGACAAUAUAUUGACUACAUUACUUCAAUCAUGUGGGGCCUGGCACAUCUCUUUGUAUUUUUCGCGUGUUUUUAUGGUAUUGUAUACGGAGAGCGAAACCCAUCGGUAGUAAUUGUUGGCGGAGGUCCAUCUGGUAUCGCCGCCGCUACCAAAUUACUAAAAAACAGUAUCACCAACAUCAAAAUAUUGGAAGCGGAAAACAGGCAAGGCGGAAGGGUCAACAGCGUUAAAUUUGGAGACGGUUACGUGGACCUGGGUGCCCAGUUUUGUCACGGAGAGAAAGACAAUAUCGUUUAUUCGUUGACGAAAGAUUUGGGCGUUUUGAAGCAUGCAAGUGGUGAUGUUAAAAUUCUCUAUUCAAAUGGGGUGGACAUUGACCAACAGAUACAGGACAAAAUUUUUCACUUCGCACAUUCUUUAGACGCUUCCGAAUCUGACGAUGAAAACAAAAGGGUAUGUCAGAAUCUAAGUUCGGUUGGUGAUUGUUUUGAUAAGAGGUACAACAUAUUAUUGCAAUCUGCGCACAAUGUCGAGGAGGAACGACUUUUGAAGGACCUUAAACUGUGGACAAUAGGAUAUCUUCUCCAGUAUGAUAGCUCGUUCGACCUUGGCGAUUUAUUGAGCACAUCCGAUUACAAGAAGUGUGACGGAGAUCUCUUCUUAAACUGGAAUGGUCAUGGCUACAAGACCGUUUUGGAAGUAAUGAUGCAGAAAUUUCCUAACCGAGACAAUCAGCUUCCAAUUGAUGACAAGAUUUUGCUUAACAAGGAGGUCAUCAAUGUGAAAUACAAAAGUGGUGAUCAGAUUGCGGUGGUCUGCAAAGACGGGAGCUCCUAUUCGGCGGACCAUGUACUUUUUACCCCUUCCGUCGGCGUGUUGAAACACGACCACGAAACCUUGUUCGAUCCCCAGCUGCCGAAAGAAAAAGUGGAUGCUAUUAAAAAUAUCGGCUACGGUGCCAUAAUGAAAAUUAUUCUCCAUUUUCCGCAACCAACGACAAGCAUUAGUAAUAUUUUAGGUAUAGUUUGGAGGGAGGAAGAUUUGAAGAAACUCAAAGAGUUGAACAUAGACUGGUUACAAAGCCUCUCGGGAACUGUAAGAGCGGAAAAUAACAACAACGUACUCAUUGGUUGGUACGCCGGUGAACGAGUUCCGGCAAUAGAAAAAUUAACGGACGAAGAAAUUUUGGAGGGCCAAAAUUAUUUGGUUGAAAAAAUACUCGGUCCUAAAUACAACCUUACUCUUCCGGAUCAAUUUAUAAGGUCUUCAUGGUAUUCUAAUCCCCACUUCAGGGGUACUUAUUCCUACGAAUCAGUUAAAGGCCAUUCCAGUGGAGGUAAACGAUUUCCUGACAAACUGGCUUCGCCCUUAUUAGAUGACAACGGAGUUCCUAGAGUUCUGUUUGCGGGCGAAGCUACUCAUCCGUAUUAUUUUUCAACUGUGCAUGGUGCGAUAGAAACAGGCUAUAGAGAAGCCGAAAGACUAAUAGAUUAUUACAAAAUAAAACAAUAAGAAACAAAAUGUUGUUAUUAUUUAUAGGGAAGAUUUUUUGAAAAAUGAAAAUUUGUGUCCAUAGUUAUGGCAUUAA